GGACCGCACUCAGCUUCCAAAGCCCAGCAGAGGCCGGGCGGGCGGCGGGAGUGUGUGGCGGGCAUGGCAUGUGCCACGGGGCCGGACCCGCCCGGGGACAGCAGUGGGGACGGUGGCGGGGACGAGCGGCCCGCGUGGGGCAACAGGCUGCAGUACCUGCUGAGCUGCGUGGGCUUUGCCGUGGGCCUGGGCAACCUCUGGAGGUUCCCGUACCUGUGCCAGACCUACGGGGGAGGGGCCUUCCUCAUCCCCUACCUCAUUGCCCUGGUCUUCGAGGGCAUCCCGCUCUUCCACAUCGAGCUCGCCAUCGGCCAGCGCCUGCGCAGGGGCAGCAUCGGGGUGUGGAUGGCCAUCUCGCCCUACCUGGGCGGAGUAGGGCUGGGCUGCCUCAUCGUGUCCUUCCUGGUCAGCCUGUACUACAACACCAUCCUGACGUGGGUGCUCUGGUACCUCCUCAACUCCUUCCAGCACCCGCUGCCCUGGAGCGCCUGCCCACUGGACCUCAACCGCACAGGGUUGGUGGAGGAGUGCUGGGACAGCAGCGCCGUGAGCUACUUCUGGUACCGGCAGACGCUGAACAUCACGGCCGACAUCAGUGACAGCGGCUCCGUCCAGUGGCAGCUGCUGGUCUGCUUGGCGGCCUCCUGGGCAGUCCUGUACCUGUGUGUCAUCAGAGGCAUCGAGACCACCGGGAAGGCAAUUUAUUUCACAGCCUUGUUCCCGUACCUGGUCCUGACGAUCUUUCUCAUCAGGGGACUCACCCUGCCCGGGGCCACCGAAGGGCUGGUCUACCUGUUCACUCCGGACAUGCAGGUCCUCCGGAACCCCCGUGUGUGGCUGGACGCCGCCACCCAGAUAUUCUUCUCUCUGUCCCUGGCCUUCGGAGGACACAUCGCUUUUGCAAGUUACAACCCGCCAAGGAACAACUGUGAGAGGGACGCGGUGGCCAUCGCCCUGGUCAACAGCAUGACCUCCUUGUACGCGUCCAUUGCUGUCUUCUCCGUCCUGGGGUUCAAGGCUGCCAACGACCACGGGCGCUGCCUGGACGGAAACAUCCUCCGUCUCAUCAACGCCUUCGAUCUCCCCGACCAGAGCAUCUCCAGGGACGACUACGCGGCUGUCCUCGCCCGCCUGAACACCUCCCGGCCUGAGUGGGCGGCUGGGCUCCACCUGGACACCUGCCGCUUGGAGGACUUUCUGGAAAAGAGCGCCGCAGGCACGGGCCUGGCCUUCAUCGUCUUCGCCGAGGCCGUCCUCCACAUGCCCGGGGCGCCCGGCUGGGCCGUGCUCUUCUUCGGGAUGCUGUUCACCCUGGGCCUGUCGUCCAUGUUUGGGAACAUGGAAAGUGUCAUCACACCGCUCCUGGACUUGGGGGUCAUGCCCAGAGGGGUCCCCAAGGAGCUCCUGACCGGGCUGGCCUGCCUGGUCUGCUUCGUCUCGGCCACCUGCUUCACGCUGCAGUCUGGAAGCUACUGGCUCGAGAUUUUCGACCACUAUGCCGCUUCCUUGAACCUGAUCCUCUUUGCCUUCUUCGAAGUGGUCGGGGUCAUUUAUGUCUACGGGAUGAAACGGUUCUGUGAUGAUAUCGCGUGGAUGACUGGGAGGCGGCCUGGCCUCUACUGGCAGGUGACCUGGAAGGUUGUCAGCCCCCUGCUGCUGCUGACCAUCUUCGUGGCCUACAUUUCCCUCCUGGCCAGCACGCCGCCGAGCUACAAGGCCUGGAACCCCCAAUACGAGCAGUUUCCCUCGCGGCAGGAGAAGCCCUACCCGGGCUGGGUGCAGGCCAUCUGCGUGCUCCUGUCCUUCCUGCCUGCACUGAGUGUCCCGGCGGUCGCCCUGGUCCAGCUGCUCGCCCGGCGCCGACGGAAGCAACAAGACGUGCAGCAGGACGUGGGCCCAAAGCUGCAGGAUGGCGGGGUCUGCUGAGGGCGGGGCUGGGGCGGCGGGGGCGGGGGUCCAGCCUGCGGGCCUCGCAGCCCAACCCCAAUACACACUUACCCCCAGCGACUCCGAGA